AUGAUUUUUGGAGAAGACACCUAAAAUGCUUCAUGUGAUUCUAUUCACAAAACUAAUUCACCUUUAAUUUCUAAAUAACAACUUUUCACAGAAUUCUGCGAAAACCGCUCUCUCCCUAGCUCAUAUUAUGAAUGCUAGGGUUAAUUGCUCCGGGAUGAUUAAGUAUUUAAUGAUAUAUUAGAAGAGACUGGACGUGAAACAUUGAAAAUUACGCUAGAUAUCUAGCAUAAAGACCAUAAAGAGAUUAACAAAUAAUUCCAAGCCACUCUCAUGAAUUAUUAUUUAGAGAGUUAUAUAUCGCCAUUGUUAAUUUAACAUAUGGGUCUCUUGUAUAAACGUGAAGUUUUUCGUAAAAUGAAGGAAUUAGCUGAGAAGCAGAUGGUGGAAAAGCAAAAAAAAUAUAUUGUUCUGAUGAAUUUAUUUUGCUAAAAAAUAGAAUAAAGCUAGUAAACUAAGGAAUACGUCAACAUUUUGUUUGAAGCUAUUUCAAAACCUUCUCCAAAUCCUAAUGUUCCUUAAUUAGAAUACUGCACUUUUUAUAGACAGCGCUUAUGUGCUUUGAUACUUCUUUAGCAUUAUUAUACAAUUUAGAGAGAAACAUAAUAUUAAAAUUUCUAUUGCUUUUGGCAUAAGCUAUUUGAAGAUUAAUUCCCCAUAUUAUAGUAUAUCAUGGAGGAUAAAUAGCUUAGAAAGAAAUUGCGUAUGAAUACAGGAAUAAGAGUUUAAGCAGUUCCUUCAUUAAGAAAUUAUAUGCACAAAAAGUAAACAAACAAAAAUAAUAUUGAAGAAAAAGGCAGUGGUAAUUCAUGCUAAUAAAUGGGUGAAAAGUUAAAGUGUCAGAAAAGCUCAAAAUUACACACUUUGAAUAAUGAAAAUCAGAGUGAUGAAAAAAUUUUUAAAGCAAGAAUGAACAAUUAAAGAUAAUCUAAAAAAUUGCAAUAAACUUGCUUAGAAAAUUAAGAAAAAAUAUAAAGAAAACGAUAAAAAGUAAAUAAAACUCAAGAUUAAUCAAAUUAUUAAUUCAAUGAUGAUGAUAAUGAUAAUGCUUUCAUUAAAUAAAUUAUCACCAAUAGUGCGUAAAAAAAUAUUGAUUGUAAAAUUUAGAAUCAAUUUGUAAAAGAAGUAAGCGACUCAAGCUCUAAAUUCAAAUAAAAAAACUUGAAGUAAUAGGAAUUAACAAAGGAUAAAAAUUUAAAUUCAGGCGAAUCUCAUUUAUCUGGUAACAAGCAAAAUUCAAAUAUUUAUCAAUUCAAUGAGGAAAAUCAAAAUAAAAUCAGCUAUUUAGAUUAGCAGUUAAAGUCACAUGAAAUUAACAUGUAAUAAGCCAUAGAUGAAAAUUCAAAAGCCUUAGAAAGUUAAAGCGCAGCCAACAAGACUUUUUCACUUGAAAAAUUAGCGAAGAGAUCAAAACCCAGAUGCAGUAUUGAAGCUGGUAUUUAAGGAGAUAGCCUAUUAUCUAAUGAAAAUCAAGAAAACUAGGGAGAGUCUAAUAAGAAAAUUAAAUAAUCACCAAGUUUAUCAUCUUCCUCAUUAAUACCUACUUCUGAUUCAUUCCUAAAAAACCCGAAAACAACCGCAGAUGACUAACAUUAUCAAAAUAAUGAUUAUCAGAAAAAUGUGAAAAUAUCAAUUUAAAAAUAAAUACAACCCAAAUUAAAACUAGAGAGCAGUGAUUACUCUCAAAAUAUGGGAUAGGAAGAAGACAUAUACAAAAAUCGCUCUUAUUAUGAUGGCUCAUUGCUCACGCCAUUUAAAAACGAAAUAAAAAAUGACUUUUAGGCUUUUGACAAUCAUCAAAAUAACAUUAUCUAAAUAAAAAACUUAAACCUCAAAACUAAGAUGUAAAACAAUAGAGAUAAGUAUAACACAGAGCACUUUGAUGAUAAGGGUGAAAAAUAAGCAAGAUCUUAGACUACUAUACUCAAGUCAGAAGAGUAGAUAGCAGAUAUAUAAAACUAGCUGACUGCCUAGAAUUCAAAAUAUAGCACACAAUAAAGAUUUAAAAACAUGAUGAAUUCUAAACUAAGCGAAGAAUCCACUUUUAUGAAUUCGCCUUAAACAAAUGGAUAGGUUUUUAGUUUCUUAGAAAGCAACAUUAAAGAAGAAGCUCAAAAAGCCAGUGAAUUUAAGUUAGGCCCUUCACUAGUCAAUUCUUAAAACUAUUCUGACUAAGUUUACUAAUCUACUGGUGGUAACAAAUUAACAAAUGAGUUGCCAUUUAAAUAAUAACAUUCUUUUAACUAAAAAUAUCCCUAAAUUUCAUCUCUUUAAGUUUAGAACUAAUAAUUUAAUCGUACCCAGUAAAUGACAAUCAGCUAAAAUAAUUCAGCCAGCAAGUUUGAAUAAUAAGUAUAUGGAAACAUAGAUCUGAACUAAAUUAAUACAAUCAACAAUCCUAUAAGGCAAAUUACUUGCGAUAAUCAAAUAAAGGUGAUAAAUAUGCCACAAAUAAUGUUAGAUGAUUAAAUAAAUAAAUAACAAUUAUACUAGUAAUAGUAAUACCAAUAAUAUAUAUAUAAUUGUUAGUAAGCACAAUAUGAAAGCAUGUAAUAACAACUAUUUAUGAAGAACUAAUUUAUGAAUCCACAAUAUCAAUCUAAUAUUUUAUUGAAUGAUCAAAUAUUCAAUAAUAAUAAUAAUAAUAGAAUAGUCUAAGGAACUAUCUUUUAAGGAUCAAAUAUGAAUAAUUUAUAUCAAAAUAAUUAUUAUUCUAAUCCAAAUACUGCAAGCUAAAUUGCGUGCCUAAUUCCUACAACUAAUGAUUUUCAAUAAAUGCUCAUUAAUAAUUAACAAUGCUACUUUAGAUCUCUACUUCCAAGUGAAAGAGCUUAUAAUCCUUAAAACCAAAGACUCGUAGUAAUUCAAUAAAUAAAAUAAUGA